AUGCUCAAACGCUUUCGUACUCUCUGGAAUAUCAAGUCAUUCUUGGUCUGCCAAAAGAUAGUCGCUGUGCACGCCGGGGUCGACGCAGCGAGGCAAUCUGGUCUUUGGGGUUUCAAUGGCGAAGAACGUAUUGCCUUAGUUCCAGUAGAGGACCAUGAACGGGUAGGGAAGUACGCAAACUUUAACAGAAUCUAUGGCUCCACAGAGGAUAUCCAGACCAAAGGCUUCUUCCAGGGACUUGAUCAGGGUUCGGCUCAGUGGCCAAUGCAGCAAGAGCUACUUAGGGUUUGGAAGGCGAGGUUUUUGCUGGGACGGUGGCAUGAUCAGCAAGCGGAAUUCGGCCUCCAGAAGGAAGAAGAUUGGAACGUGACACCUGUUCCUGGUCUAUUUGGAGCCAUCGAUAGUGGGCUGGAAAACUGGAAGCUGAAAGAAGACAGCAAAUGGGCCAAGGCGUCGCUACCAAUGGUGCCAAGAGUUCAAUGGGUGUACAUGUUUCGCCUGUGCCUGGAUGACCCUGAUUGUGGCAACUUGAUCUCCUUGGCAGAGGUGGCAGGAUCCGAUGACAACAAGAGGGCGUGGAAGCGCAUUUAG